AUGUGGAAUGAACAUUUCUGGCUGCCAAGAAAUACAACUUGGAGAGAUUUCGUCGAACUUGAACAACAGGGCAUUCGUGUACCACGUUUUCAGGACCUUUUGUACGUCUAUCCGUUGGCCGGUGUACUUUAUAUUCUAAGACUUUUAUUUGAACGAUAUAUUGCUCAACCAAUUGGUCGAUCGCUUUCUAUACGAGAGUUUUCCAAUCGUUUGAAACAUGAUACACCCCCCUUGGCAAAAUUUAGUGAAUCCUUUUGGCGUUUUAUUUUCUAUCUCGGCGUAUUUAUCUACGGACUUGUGAUUCUAAACGAUAAAUCAUGGAUCUGGGACACUCGUCACUGCUGGUUGAAUUAUCCCGAUCAUCGUUUAACAAAUGAUGUGUUUUGGUAUUACAUGAUUGAACUUGCUUUCUAUUGGUCACUAGUCUUUUCACAAUUUAUCGAUGUUAAACGAAAAGAUUUCUGGCAAAUGUUUCUUCAUCACAUCGCUACAAUAGCAUUACUUUCAUUUUCUUACAUUGUCAAUUUUGUUCGUAUUGGAGCGCUAGUACUCGUCAUACACGACUGCGGAGAUUACUGGUUGGAGUGUGCGAAAAUGGCCAAAUAUGCUAAAGCACAAAGAAUAUGUGAUACAUCAUUCGGAGUAUUUGCACUCGUAUGGUUUAUAACACGUCUUUGUUACUAUCCAUACAAAGUGCUGUAUACUACAACAUUUGAGGAAUUAAAUAUCCUUGGCUUGUUUCCUGCUUAUUAUGUAUUCAAUGGUCUUUUAAUUCUUCUUCAAAUUCUCCAUUAUUUCUGGUUUUAUCUUAUCUGUCAAGUGGCAAUGUCGGCGCUCAAAGCCGGCAAAGUAAGAAAAGAUGAAAGAAGUGACAGUGAAGAUAGCGAUGGUGAAACCACAACUGAUGCUCGCAAAGACAAGUGA